UCGAUUAAAACAUACCUGUAGUGUAUAGAUUAAGUGCUGAAUCUUCAAAAUUCGAGAAAUGGAUUUUUAUAUGACUAUUGUCCUUUAAUAUGGAACUGCCUGACUACAAUACUGAUUGUGAUGCAGGGGCUGAACAUCAUUCCAGAUGCAAAGCUAGCUGCCAGGGUGACGGAAGUGACUGCACUUUGUAGAUAUUUCCCCCGUAUAAUGAAGCUUUUCGGUUAUAAAAAAUCACAACUACGGCAAACAAAUUAAAACUCGGAGCUCUGUUCCACAAAAGUGCUAAGUCAGUUUUUUGGGAUAACACUAAGAUUAAGCUGACUAAAGUAUUUUAAGCAUAAAAUGUAAGUUUUUUUUAUGUAAAUCAAGAACCAAGAGUGAAAAAUUAGCUGCGCAUUGAAACAACACGAGUAGGAGUACACCAGCCUUUAUAUAAGUAGAAUAGUAUUCUUUAAGUUAACAUGUUCGGGUAUAUAUUAUGACAAAUCGAUUUUAUCGUGAUCAGUCAAUUUAUAUCUCGAAGAUUUUAUGAAUACAAUUAUGUACUUGUCUUACUCUUUAACAGUCGAAGUAAUGGUCCUCCAUAACACCGCAUGACAAUAAAUUCACUGAAUAUCAACAUACGUAAUAUCCCAAAAUAACCCCAUUGUUCGUCACAAAUACUACAAGCGAUCAAUGGAGACCUAGAUUCCUAUAUUGUAAUAUGACGAGCUCAAUGUCAGAACUAGGAAUUUUAGUGCAGCUAUGGAUUGGGCUGUCCUUGUAAAAUGGUCUACUGUUCUAAAUUCUUCCACUGUUGUAAUUUCUGCUAACUCCUCCUAAACCACUGAAGUAAGGUAGCCCAGUCGAUAUAAACAGACCUAUUACCAAAUAGAUGGAUUUUUACAUAAAGCAUUUUUCAGGAUACCUUUAAAAUGUUAUAUUGACUCUUAUUUGCAACCAUUUUACAUGUGAAACCAAAGGCAUUGCCAUAAAUAUCAAGGGAAUGGUGUUUCUGAAGGUGAGCUACUCAAUAUGGGAAAGUGCGGGAAUAUCCCUUACGAAAAAGUCCUAUAGGAUCCUCUCAAAAAUGGAAUAGCAUGUUCAUUUCUAGGUUCAUCUGUGGCCAGACCUUAUGGACUACAACUCCUCAAAGCAAAAACGAGCAUGUUUCAGUGGAAGGUAUAUUUAUUAUUGUGCAUGACUUACAACACCUGAUACAAGAAGACAACUGUUUUGUAGAAAUCUUUUGUCUGUGAUUUUAAGAAAAAAACCUGUAGCUGCAUGUUAAUUAUAUCCGGUACCAGGUAGGGUACCAGAAUAACAGACAGCUUGCCUUCACUGCCUGGACCAGUGUUAGAGACAUCGUAAACAAACACAUAUUUCACUGGUCAUACUGGUACUUUCAUAUUUUCCUAAGCGUUAUAUUGAUAUACAUUAUCAUAGUUAGAGAGGCCGUAAACAAAUACAUAUUUCAUUAGUCACACUAAGUUUCAUACUUUCCUAAGUGUUAUAAUGAUAUACAUUAUCAUAGUUAGAGAGGCCGUAAACAAAAACAUAUUUCAUUAGUCACACUGGAAGUUUCAUACUUUCCCUAGCGUUAUAUUGGUAUACAUUAUCAGUGUUAGAGAGGCCGUAAACAAACAUAUUUCAUUAGUCACAAUGGAAGUUUCAUUCUUUCCCUAGCGUUAUAUUGAUAUACAUUAUCAGUGUUAGAGAGGCCGUAAACAAACACAUAUUCCAUUAAUCCUCCUGGUAUCUCAUGUUUUCCUAAGCGUUAUGUUGGUAUCCAUUACCAUUGCAAGUAGUUGAGCUGUUUUAAUGUACAGUUGAAAUAAGUAAACCUAUCUAUGGUUCUCUGUAAAUUACAUUCGAAGGCUUAGGGUGAGUUUUAUGUCUGUUAAUAUUGGAUAUUAACCCACCACUCCUCUCCUUACUCGAACCUAGGACUGAAUCGAAGUCAACUUAUAUAAACUCUACACUUAGGAAAAUAUAAUAUUUGGAUCAGAUAAGGAACACAUGUGCGACAAAGUUGCCGCAAACCGAACAUGUUGCAAUGGAAAUUGCAGGUUUUUCUAACAAAAUAAGAGUUGCAGGUUUAUUAGUUCUUUGUGGGAAGUGUGACGUUUACUUGGUAUUUGAAAGAAAUUUACAAAAAUUUUGAAGGUAACUAACAGUAUGUGAUAAAUUAACGAAAAGCUUAGACAUUGUCUAACAAUUUUUGAGAAGUUCGCAAAAACCUAGGCAUUAAUCUUACAGGUUAUGAAGAAAAUACAAGAAACUUAUAAGUUUACCUAGAGUUUGCGAAUAGUUGGCAAGAAACAUUGAAGUUUUGAUAGCAUGAUUGUACCAGAAAGAGUACCGCGCAUCAAAUACAGCAUAACAGUACAGCUUGCCUUCACUGUCUGGGUCAGAUUUAGAGAAGUCGUAAACAAACACAUUUUCCAUUAGUCUUGCUGUAGUUUCAUAUUUUCCUAACUAUUAUACUGGUAUCCAUUACCAUUUGAAGCAGUAGGCUGUAUCAAUGUACAGUUGAAAUAAACUUAUCUAUGAUUCUCCAAAAUUACAUAGAAUGGCUAAAGAUGCGUCUCUGUAUGUUAAUUUUGUACAUUAAUCCACUACUUAUCACCUUACUCAGCACCUGACACUCGAACGGGGCUCUGAAAAUGACAUUUCGACCAACAACCUGGCGCUGGGCAAGACGGUUAAUUGUACUUUUUGACUUAAUCAGAUGUUUCUAACCAUGGGUUUGAAUGUUUAGCCAACUGUGAAUAGUACUGGACCAAUAUGUACCUCACAAGAUUUCGGUCACACCCUGGCCUUCCUCAUUGAAUGUGAUUAUGAAAUAUAUAGCUUCAGUAUUGCACAGAAAUUGAAAGUUUUAAAAUAUGAUUGAUAUCAAUAAAUAACUGUCCUGAGUACCAGGGCAAUGUAAAGCUAGCUUGCUCACUAUACCUUUUCAUGUGUUGGCUUAACAGUACCACUGAAGAAUAGUGUCCUGCAGUGAAUCUGCAGUUGAAUGUAAUAAGUUCAAAAUGAGACGAAAACAGGUUUAAUUUUGCAUUAUUUAAUUUUAUUCACUGUAUUCACUGUUAUAUUCACUGUAUCAAAAAAAGCAUUUGUUCCUGAAGAUAUAAACACAAUAGACGUGAUUGUCGUGUGCCAAGUUUGAGAGCUGUAGCCGAUACCACUAUAAGGAGUGCACAAUGGCUAUACCAAAAAACAGUUUUUUAAAGCAGUGCUUGUGUUGUGGUACUGAUUUCAGAUUGUGAGGUAUUCUUGGUUCAAACUUCAAACUCCGCGUCUUUGUCUUGAUUGUCUCUUCUGCACGAGACGACGUCAGCUCAAGCCGGGAAAGGCAGCUCAAGGCGGGGCAGAGCUUUGACGCAUGAGGCAUGUGACUUCCAAAUAUGGAAGCGCCCCAGCAUAAAAAUACAGACCACUAAAUCUGCUAAGGAGCGAUGAUUUUAUUGAUCUUCUCCAGCCUUGUUGUGGGGUUGAUGGCCAUUGGCAAUUACACUUAUGAGCCCGAUGUAACUUACUUUGGGUGCGGUCCCAACCCCUGCGCAAAUAAUGCGACAUGCAUAGAGGGUGAAGAUGCAAAUCCAACUUACUAUUACAAGUGCAAUUGUACCGAAGGUUAUUACGGAUACAAGUGCACCAUCGUUGAAUGUGGGAAAAAUGCCGUGUGCUUUAAUGCUACUAGUGGUUUACCCGUGAUUGAGAGAAAUGAUGUAUGCGAUGAAGAUAUUGGCCUUCACUGCAAAUGCAUAGAUGGAUUCGUAGGCGACGGGUUUACAUGCACCAAUAAGACGAAAUGAAGUUCUCCAAAAGGAAAUUAUCAAAGAACAGCACAGAUGGAAGCACAAUUAAUUUCGUUGGACAUGAAUUUUAAAAUAUCUGAGAUUAGUGUGUCAAUCCAAUCAUUAUAAUUGAAAAUAAAACAU